ACUCUGCACAUGGUGCAAACAACGUUCAGUAGAGGUCUGUCAAGUACUGUUACCUGUUGCAAUGUGAAAGAUUCACACAGAAAAACAAUAACUCGAAUAACUGGCUUACUACAACUACAAGAAACAAACUUGACAUAAUAAAUGGGUGAUUACUUGGUGCUAAAUCCAGCCCUCGACCAAGAACUUGAAGAUAUUCGAACAAGGGAUAUUCCUGGUCCCCCAAAUAUUGGGCAAUGUCUGGAAAAUUGGAUGGCGAAGGGUGCCCAUUACACGAUAAAGAAGUUGACAAGUCACAAUCAAAUUGGUUGGGAGAUCCUGCAUGUUAUUGCCAGGUUUGUGGAUGGCACACCUGUAGGAGCUAAUGGAGACUGGAAGCAUCUGGCUGGUCUACUUGGCCUCGACAUUCAUGAUAUAAUUAGAAUUGAAAACUUUUCUACCAUAAAAGGAACCACUUUAGAAGUUUUGAGUCAGUUUGCUCUUCAAAGAAAUGCCAGUGUUUCUGAAUUGCUAAAAGCUCUUAGCACCAUGGAGCGCCAUGACAUUUUGCUGGCAAUAUCUAGCAAAUUAGAAGUGCUGCUAAGUGAUUCUUUGACUUCUAAUCAACAAGACUCUUCUAUUUCUGAGCAAGUAAGGACUUCACCUUCUAAUCAACUGACUGACACAGACAGUGAAAUGGAUUCUGGCAUGGAAGUUAGCAUUACGGGAGAAGGUGACCCGGAAAACUUGAAAUCCGUACCAUUAGGAUCCAGUAUCCAAUCUGUGGCGAACCAUAAAGCCUCGGAUAACACGAAUAGCUCUGAUAAAAAGAAACUUAUCAAAACCGUACUUCUAACUUUCACACAAGAUGGCUAUGAUUUAGCCAAAAACGUGGCCUGUCAAAUCCGCUCCCUAAACCUCGGAAUUGGCGUCCUAAUUCUUGAAGAGAACAGAGAUGAACUUGAAUUUUGUAGUGAGAGUAUCUACAGAUGGUACCAAGAGGUUGAUUACGUCAUUCCUAUCAUUACGGAAGGAUAUUUGUGGCAAAUUGCCCCAAGGACCGCAGCGACGAAUGAAGAUUUCAAUCAAACUGAACCGACGUGCCUAGAUGCCCGAUACGCUCGCCUCAUCUAUGUUAUGAUGUUGGAAGAAUACCAACGAAAUGGUUGUUUAAAUUACAGGGUCCGUCCAAUUGAGUCAGACUUGUUGGGGAAACGAACCCAUUACCUUCUGCGAAGCCCGAUAUUCAGUUUUCGUAAAACUGUUAAUCAAGUUGGUAAAUUAGCUUCAGUUCUCGCCCAAGCCAAAAGCAGAUCAUUGAUCCGUUGAAAAGUCUAAACCAUUAAUUCAGAUUCCAAAAUUUUUGCUUUAUUGUUAUACAGAAAUCGAUAGUACCAAAGCAACAUCUGACUCGUAUUGUAUGCAUAUUUACAGUAUAGUUCUUUUCAGCUAGGCGCCAUUGAGUAUAUGUAUAAAUAUGUAAAUCGUCGGGGAACACUUUAAUCAUUUUCCGUUCAUACGUUUCUUCUCUUUUUUGGCGAAAUCGCGAGCCACCUUAUCCCAUGUACGGCCUUCCAGUGCAUUCAAAUAUUCAGAUUCUAACAAGAAGAAACGAUUAGAAUUAUUCAGAGUUUAAAACAAUACAAUACACUUAAUAAAAUGAA